AUGUCAUUCCCUCGCCUACUCACCAGCGUCGCCCGACGCAACCUCGCCAAGUACACCACCCUACUCCCUCGCGUAACCCUCACAACAACCUCUCUCCGCCUCAACUCCUCCUCCUCCUCCUCGCGCCCAGACGUCCCCAACCCUCGUCAAACAGACCAAGGCUCCACAGGCCCACAUCAAUCAACCGCAAAUGCAUCUGGCCCAUCAGGCACCGUUCCCGAUUCCCAACUCUCCGAUCCCUACCCUUUACCCUUCAGCCCCGACAUCGUCGAUCUCAACACCGCCAACGGCGGCGCUGAAACCGGGCCCGAAUCCAAGUGGUCCGGCCUCAACCUCGCCUCUCAGCGCCAAACAGUCGAGGGGGUAAACGCUCCAAUGCGGGUUCCUGGACGAGAAACCGAGGAUCGAGACACCAAAAUCGCCCGUUUAGUCUAUCAGUGCAGAAAGCGAGGCACGCUGGAGACUGAUCUUUUGUUGUCAACGUUUGCAAAGAAAGAGUUGAAAAAUUUAGAGGAUAAAGAGUUGGAUGAGUUGGAUAGGUUGUUGGAUGAGCCAGAUUGGGAUAUUUUCUAUUGGUGUACGCUGAGGAAACAAAUCCCAGAGAGAUGGGAAGAGAGUUUUAAGACGGAAGGAAAGUUGGGUUGGAGAUUGGUGAAGCAUACGAAGAAUGAGGAACGGGUUACUCGGUUUAUGCCUGAUCUCUAA